AAAAGAAGAAUUUUGACGAAAUAUUUACAUAUGUAUGUACAUAUAUCACGGGGUAUGCAUCUAGUCCCCUUCCUAGUGACCUGCUCAUUUUCAAAAUUGGUGAUUUUUCGAAAUUUUCAUGGACCACUUGACGUGGUUUGACCCAUAUACUAUAUUGACAUUUACAUUAUGUAAACAAAUCUUCAAAGAAGAGAGAAAUAAUGGUUACCCGGUGUAAAGAUUCUCUAUGAAUUUCAAUUAUAUUAUCUCACACAUUGAUUCGAUAUUUUCGGUUAAAAGUCAACUAUAAGUACUGGUACCUAGGGGCUUGAACACCUUUGGUCCGGUUUGGAUAAUUUCUGGCCAAAGGAUGACAUAUUCUAACGGCAUGAUUAGUGCAAAGUUUUAUCUCGUUAUAUUAAUUGCUUCUUGAUUCGUAUACUGGAAAGUGAUAUAAUCAAAUUUUAAAUUGUAGUCCAGUUUUGCCCAAUUUUGUACUGUCAGAUAAAAAGCAUAUAAUGUCAUGUACUGAAGUUGAAAUCGUUCUCCAGAUAUGCGAUUUUACAUAGUGGGCAGUGCCACACUCAUUGUCCAAUAUUUUAAUAUCGGGAGUGAGCGGGCUUAUGACCCGAUAUAAAUGAGUAUAAAAAGUUUAGAGAGGAUAUCAUGAUGAUUUGAUUUCAAUGACAACCAAUUUGAACCUUAUCAAGAUGGGAUUAAAUAACCGCUACAACAACAACCACAAAACAUCAGUUAUACUCUAUAUUUAACGUUCCGUUUCUAUCCUAACUUCUUGGUUAAGAUAGAUAGAUAAGGUGGUUAUUCGGAUGGAUCCAAGGGUCUUAAACCGGAAUUUGUCUCUCGGGAGGUUGAUUAAAUUUUUAUACCUAAUGAGGUUGUAAUCACCCAAAACCACAAAAAACAUAGAAAAAGUAUUCUACUAUUCCUACGGAUUAAGUCGAUUAAGUGGAAAAAUCGAAAAUAUGCUUAGUCUAAAAUCUCAGCUAGCUUAAGUUAAUCUUUAGCAUUUUGAUGAAGAAAUCGGUCCUUUACCACUUUAUUUAAAAUCACUUUAUGCAAACAUUUAUCUAAAUAUAUCUAGUAAACAUUAUUUUUCCAGUCAAUAUGUAUAAUUUAGAAAGGCUUAAUAUUUUUUAAUGUUUUUUUUUCAGAGUAAAAAUGAAUAUUGAAUAUUUCAUUGAAGGCCUUGAAUGUCUAAUGUACUGCGGACAAAAAAUAACACCUGAGCAAAAGGUUUUAAUCGAAAAUUCGCUUAUAGUACUGCAGAAUGAAAAUCGAUUCACAGGCAUGUACUUUUGGGGUCGCAUUAAUGCAAUAACUAGAGACUAUUACAUAGCUUUCGGCUAUACCCAGGAUUGCUUAAAAGACCGAAAAUUCUUUUACACGCUUGAUGGAUAUCAAUGGAUGAUGUUGCCUUUUGUGCAUAGUCCGAAAAUUUUUCAAGCUACUAUUUUAUGUCGCGAACCUUUUUUAGGAGAUCCGAUUCUUGUAACAACAGUAGAAUUGGAUCCUACAUUUGAAAUCGAUGCUAACCAAAUAAUCUCUGCGAAUUUACCAGAGAAAGUUAAGCUAAAGGAAGAAGAGCGUUUGGCUGCCAUAGUAUUUAUUAUUACAGAGGAAUGUGCAGUUUGCCCACGUGGAGCCCUUUAUAAGCUUACGGAUGGACGUGUUAUACCCAACCAGAUGUUUCGUGGCCUCAACGAUCUGCAAGUUGAAAAUAUUUCGAACUACCAAAUACUUCGAUUACCACGAAACGAUUUAAAGCACAAUUUGCUGAAGCGCAGUGAUUACAACUACGCCAUUGAUUUCUUAGACUGUAUAGCCGAUGUAAUACCGCUUCGUCAAGCAUUUUCUUUGAACUUAAUGAGAAAUGAACGCUUAAUAAUUAUAAAGUCUUGUCUAUGGCCAGGCAUGACAUUUUUUCAUAAGUUAAACUCGCGUAAACAUGGUUUUCUUUAUUUUGGAGACGGCAAGAAAAAUUAUGAUCUACUCUUUAUGUACUAACAAUCUCUAAUCUCUAAUUUCUUGUAGCUUUAGUUUUAAAAAUAAAAUAAUGGAUUUACCUACAUUAACUAUAUUUGUAAUGGCUUUGUUUUGUUUUGAAAAUGCAACGAAAUCACCUUAUUUGUUUUGUUUUACGGGAAAA